AUGCGGAAGUUGGGAGUGUUGAUUCUGUUUCCAUUUUUUAUCUGUGGCCAUGCCGAGGAGCAGAAAGAUUAUCACCAGGUCAUCGAUCAGCUGGCCAAGGCGUUGAGCAGCAAGGCGCAGUCGAUGCGAAAUGUGACGCAGAUUCUGGAUAAGGUAAUUUGUUUGAUUGGCAAGCUUUUAUACAUGUUUUUUGUGGUCUUGGUACUUUGAUAUGUCAGUGUUUAUUGUGGAUGUAAGAUAUGGAAGACUAUUGCGAUGACGUAUUUUAAAAGCGUGUCGUUAAAAUUUCAAGUCAUUUUAAACUAGGAUUUAUCGUUAGCCACCUAAAAAGAAAAUUUUGCUUAUAUAUCUGCACAGCGGUGCCGAUCUUUAUGACUUUUCGGGUCAACAACAGUUUAGGUCGAAAACUUUUUGGCUUGACUCGAUUCGUCAUUUUAUUGCAUGAGGAAUGAAAGAUAAGGCUUAUUUAAUAGAUAUAAUAAGCUUUGUCAGGUCCCAGGGUAGUCUAUAUAUCACAUAUUCUGAAAUAUUUUACCUGUAUCACUGCAAUAGUAUAUUUAGACAUGACUUUGGUAUUUGUAUUUUAUGGCUUCAAAAUCUCAGAGGUUUGCGUAGAAAUUGGCUCUAUGUAUUUUGGCAAAGCCUAGCCUAUAUUUGUUCCAAAUUUCAUCAAAAUAGAUUCUUCACACUUUCUGAAAUCUUCCUGUAAAACAAUCACCCCUCGGCCAAAUUAUUCCACUAUUUUCAUCCCAUUUUCAGGUGAUUGAAAAGCCCAAGACCCCGCUCAACGUCUACAAUCUCUCCUCAUCGACUCCCAUCUACAACUGGCGUCAAUACAAGACCAAUACCACCGAAUCCUACAGCCUCCCCUACGCUCCGUAUCGUCCCUCCGCUAUCGAGGACUCCAAAAACUUGCUCAACGUGUCAGCACCGCCAGCUGUGCCGAUUGCAAAGCGAGUUACCGUCCCUUCGCAACGCCUUUUGAAUGACAUUUUGGUCGUGAGGUCCAGUCGCAGGCUAUACAUUUUGGUUUUGCUCAGUAUUCAUGAGAGUCUGAAUGGGCGCGGCUACGAAUGUGGCCCGAUUGAUGUGAACAGCAUGGUGCAUUUGGGAGCAAUGCUCAGCGCGCUGGACGAGAUUAAUGAAAAGAUCCUGGAGCCGGAUCUGAAUUUGGGAAUGAUCGUGGUGGACACUUGCUCAGCGGAUUUGAGGACCUUGGCCAAUUUGUACGAGCUGUUCACUGGGACCAAUAUUCAGAGGUGAGAAUCAAGACAUACUGGUAAAAAGGUUUUGUAAAAUACGAAUGAGCGUGUCAAAUCAUCUUUAUUAUUAAGGGUAAUCCUGUAGAAUGCCACCAUAUUUUUUCCCCUUUGUCUUUGUGAAAUUUUCAUGAUACAUCUAUGCAGGGACCGAAUCCAGUUACAAAAAGCGUACCAUUUUGCAUCCAGGAAGUAUCAAAAAAUGUGGCAAAAUGCCUCCCUCUCCAAGUGAAAAAAACUCAGAUUUCAAAAGCGCGCGCCGCUUUUUGUGAGGAAAAAGAGCGCCACCUUCAAAACGAAGUCUUUUUUCACUUGGAGAGGGAAGCAUUUUGCCACAUUUUUGAUACUUCCCGGAAGCAAAGUGGUACGUUUUUUGCCACUGGAUCAGGUCUCUAACUGUAAAAAGAGUGAUUUUUGAAGACUUACUAACAUUUUUUGAGGUUAAAAAUUUUGUAAAAUACGUUGUCGGAUGAUAAAACUGCUCUUGUUUUUAGAAACGACAUUGUCGCGGUCAUUGACGAUGACAAUGGACACUUCCCGAUUACGGACAAAUAUUUGAAGCAUUUGGAACUUCCAGUGGUCAAAACCUUCUUCCCAAGGAAAAAGGAGGUAAGCAAUGAUAUGUAGCGUAAAGAUAAUACUUGAAAUAUAACCCCUCUGAACUGUAGAGGGCAGAAAAUUUGUAAUCGUAUGACUUUUUUGGGAUAGUUGAUUUUUGGAGGGUAAUAGAUGUAAUAUCAGUUUGUCGGAAAAGUAAUGGGCGCAACGCCAUAUUAAAAAUCGCAUGGCCCGAAAAACGUUUAUGCGUCGGAAUUCACCUCAAAUUGCGUCAAAAAAGAAAGUUGCAGGAUAUGUUUUCUGGCCUUUUGUAUACUUUUUCACACCCUAAAAUAUGAAUACUAGAACUAAACUUUACGAAAAAAUUGUGUCAAUUUUCAGCCCCUAGUGUCCUCAGUCCAACCCUUCAUCACCGAGCCAAUUGAAGCCAUAAUGGACCUUCUAAAACAAACCAAGUCGACUUGUGUCAGCGUCGUUCAUGACGAAGCCUUCUCUGACUUUGUCCAAGACCUCUCGAAUCUUGCGUUCGAGCGUUACAUGUGCAUUGAUCGAGUUCUCAACGUCUCAAGUGUAGCGGGAGUUUCGGCCCAACAAAAGGUGGUCCAGCAACUCUUGUUAUCCGAGGCGCGCGUUGUUCUCGUCCUGUACACGGAGCGCUCCUGGUUGGAUUUAAUCGAAGCCCUGAAUGAGGAGAUGGUCAUCUCGGGACGCUUUAUUUUUGCUACACUAAAAUCGGAGAGAUGGUCAACGUCAAGAUUAUUUGCCGACUUAUGGCCCAAAUUUGACCAAUUACUCAUUUCUGUGGCCUACAAACCGCAUCGGAACAUCAGCUAUUACAAUAAGUUGAAUGCCGACUAUCCGCAACUCCCGUUCCCGGUGCAAUGGCUGAGGCAGUUCUGGACCACCGCCUUCAAAUGCCAUUUCAACGGAGAUCAGAACUAUGGAGAGCAGUUUUCAAGGUGAGAUUUUUGUUGUUUGUGAUACUUAUCAGCGGCGUUUUUAUGUCAUAAUCAAAAUUUCAUAUCGUAUUUUACCUUCAGAAUCUGCCCAACCCAACAAAAACUCGAUUUAUCCGCGAUUUCCCCCGCCUUCAACGUCGCCCCCUCUUCUCUGGCCGUCCAUUCCAUUGGCCAUGCCCUGCGGACUUUGGUUGAAAGAAAUUGUCCUGGAGCGUUAGUGAAGACGUUGACUGACUGUCUCAACGAGCCAUACACAACACUGAAUAUGUUGAUUCGAUCAGUCGCAUUUUCCCAUCCAUUGGCCAAGACAACGUUCUCGAUGAACAGUUCGGAUGGAUUCGCAAAAGCUGAGUUAAUUCUGACAAAGCUGGUGUUCAACAAAGAUCAGUUGGUCGAUGAAGAGUUAGGGAUUUGGGAUUCAGAAGGAGGAUUAACGUACACGGCUCAUAGUAAUUUGUUUGUGGAGGAUCGGGAUGGCAGCCGGGUCCAAGUCGUCUCGCAAUGCCCAAAGUAAGUUUGAUCUAUUAUAUUCGCGUCUCAAAAAUAGUCAAAAAUUUUUCUUUCGCAAGUUUCGUUCCUAUUCUUAAAAUACGUGCGGUCAUUUUUUUCCUCAAAGUCAGGUCAUCUAAAAAAUCAAAUUUGUUCAAGAAAUCAGAAAAUGUCACUGCGCAUGGCAACCCGAAAUAUAAUAGAAGAAAAAUGUCUCCGGCUUUUGAGUUUCGUAUAAAACGAAGUGUCAAAAUUGACAAAAGAAGACAUAACCAUGAGAAAAGUAUUUUUUCGGUCGGAAAACCCCACGAAAAAUUCUUAUGUGACAUGAUUUCAAUCGAUACAAAGUGGGACAAGAGUCGAAAUGAGCCAGGAAACCUUUGGGAAAUCAAAAAAGGAAUAGUAACCGUAGUCAUUUUGUAAGACAUUGCCAAGUCUCCUGCCGAGCAUCCAACGGCUUUUUCCAGGCGUUGUAGACACCUCAUACAACCCUUUUCUAGGCCUUUGCCUGCUCUACGUCGCGUAUUCCAUCAAUUUUCUGUUGACCGGCACGCGUAAAAAAUCGCUUCUUCAUCCAAAAAAUCUCCCUUUCUCAAAACCCUCAAUCCCCCCAAAAAGUUGAACUUUCAGGUCCUCCUGCUGGGGCAGCAGCGCGAUUCGUCGCACCGCCAAGGUGCUCCCCAAGUUCAUGGACUCAAUCUUCAACACCAACACUCUUGUGUUCUCAUGCGUUGCGGUUGUUUUGAUGUUUAUCUGCUUGAUGUGCACAUAUCAAAAAAUGGUUUCCUCGCAUUCGGAUCCGUUUUGGAUCUGCUCGAGUUUAUCGUUCGUUGGCUGCGCUUUGACUUCAAUGGCUUCGAUUUUAUUUAUCACUCAGCCAUCGGAGCCGAUUUGUGCGUUGAGAUUGGGGCUUUAUUCGGUGUGUUUGAUCAGUGUGGUGGCGCCAAUCACAGUUAGAGUAAGAUGGGUUUUUUUUAAAUAACGGGGGGUCGGCGCAGCAAAAUGCUUCGCCUCGUCGAAAAAAGGGUGCAGUCGCUUACAGUGGAGGAAACUGAUCCAUUGGCAAAAAACGUACCAUUUUGCAUCCGGGAGGUAUCGAAAAGGUGGCAAAAUGCUUCCCUCUCCACGUGAAAAAACUCCGAUUUCAAAAGCUCUUUCUCGUGAGGGGAAACGCUCUUUUCGUGAGUGGAAAGGCGCAACCUUUAAAACGAAGUGUUUUUCACUUGGAGAAGGAAGCAUUUUGCCACAUUUCUGAUACUUCCCGGAUACAAAAUGGUACGUUUUUUGCCACUGGAUCAGGUUCCUCCACUGUACCAAUUUUUCAGCUGCUGCUUGCGAAAAAAAUUACUGUGCGAAAAUAUAACGACGAUUUUGCAGAACAUAAAGUUUGUAGAAAUUUCACUAUGCGUUUUUUGCGCCGAGAUUUUUUGUUUUUUAAGCCUUUCUAAAUUGGGCUUUUAUUCUUGAAGUUUAAAAAAAGAGCAAUAACAAAAAUUUUGGACGAACGUAUUUUACCAAUAAAUUAAUAAACAUACAUCCUUUUAAAAAAUUUUUCAGGUCAUUGGAAGUUUCAAUUACCACACCGUUUCCAUCAAGGGAAACAUUGUGGGGAACAAUCGAGGAUUCUCUGCGGGGACUCAAUUUUGGUCAGCCGUGAUGCUGAUCAUUUCCCAAUGCCUUUUGAUUGCGCAAUGGGCUGCAUUUGAUGACAUUAGAGCACUGUCUUUUGCUCAAUAUGAAGCUCAAUUCACGUGGAGAUGUUUGGGAGGGGAAAUGGUAGGAAUUUAUGAAAUUUAAAAAAUAAAAAAAAAUGUUUUUUUGUAUUUUUUGUGGUUUUAAAAAAAUUUUUCGAAAGAAAUUAUAUAUUUCAGAAACAUUGAAGUUGCGUAUUUUAAAAAUUUCAUUUUUUUUGCAUAUUUCAAUUCUCAAAAAAAUGUUUUUAUUGUUAAAAAAUAAAUUUUAUUUUCGCACAUUUUUUUAGAGUGAAUACGUUAUGCUCCGUUCCUGCGCAUUUGUCGGGAUUUUGACAGUGAUCACCGUGGCCGGCGCCAUUUUCCGUUGCUCGACCAAGGAUUUCCACGCUGUUGUUUUGUCGCUGAAUGUGUGGUCGAUUAACGCCGCGAUUUGGUAUUUUGCGCCGGAAUUGAACUUCCAGUUCAGGGAUUUGGCCAUUGGAAUUUGUGAGUAAAAAAUUGCAAAAUUUUGAGACGAUAUUUUUCUACAAAACUUUGAUUUUUCGCGAUCUUGGCGAAGAUAAAGUUGAAAAGCGUUCUUUUCUCUGAUGCCUCUCCAUACUGCAUGCACUCUCUUGGCUUCGGGGAUAGCACGGCUUUCCCUGCAAAGCACAAGCUAUAAAACCAGCUUUUAAAAGAUAUUUUUCAAAGUUACUUUAAAAAAUAUGUUUUAUUUUCAGUACUCUUAACCUUCUCUUUGUCAACAUUGAUCUCUUCCUACUGUUUCUCGCCUUCCUACCCGGUCGUGGAAUUGUCAACGGCGACGAUGAGUAGCACUUUAAUGGAUGAUAAUCGAAGAGGAACUCUGCGGAGAAAGGUAACUUUUUGAUCUACAUUUGAAUCGGCCCUUUUACUCAGGGUGGUCAGCGGACCCUAUUUUUCCGAUUUUCGGCCCGCGGCCCGGCUCGUCUAAUUAUCGGCCCGGCCCCGCCCGUGCAGGCCCGUUGAUAGAGAGCUCUGCGAACUGCGCCCAAGCUUGGGAUCUAAACUUAGGCAAAGAAGGCGUUGAUCUAGCUACACCAAUUAAUUUUCCCGGCGCGAAAACAACGAAUGCCAACGAUUUGGCAUUGUAAUUUAGACGGGCCGGGCCGGCUUGUCAAAUUUCCAUUUUUGAGCACGGCCGGCCCACUGACCACCCCUGCUUUUACUGCUUACUGUUAGAAAACCAAGUGCCAAGAAAAAAUUUUUUUGCCCAGUCUUUAUCAAAAUCAAAGAUCUUUUAUACCGUAUUUCAAUUUCCAGACUCAAUUCAUCGAACAGGAACAAGAGUACCGAACGUUGGGAAGGAAUUACGCGACAAUGCAACAGCCAAAAACUCUGCCGAAAAGCUCAACAAUGAAGAUCAAUUCAGCGACGACGUAA